AAUGCCUCUUUCCCCCGAAACAAUUUUCUCAUUUCCAUUGACUCCACUCACCUCCACUUCCCUCUCUCUCUCUCGCUAGCCGAUUUUCUCAGCCGCCUUCACUUUGCCCAAAAGCUCUGCUCGCCAUUCUCAAAACCAACCCUCUCUUUACUCCCAGCUUCACUUUGUUUCUUCAGUAAUCCUCUGUUUUCUCCUCCGCCAUUGGCUCAUUGGGUCGUUGUUUCAAGCUGGCGAUCGAUAGUCAGGACACAGCUAUCAAGCCCAAGAACAGGAGAAUCAUGGGUGCUGGAGGUCCAGAAGAGGAGGAUGGUGGCGGUAGGUGGCCGCCAUGGUUGAAGCCGCUGCUGAGAGAGCGGUUCUUCGUUCAAUGCAAAAUCCAUGCCGAUUCCCACAAGAGCGAGUGCAAUAUGUACUGCUUGGAUUGUAUGAAUGGCCCACUCUGCUCUCUGUGCCUCGCCUACCACAAAGACCAUCUCGCCAUUCAGAUAAGGAGGUCUUCCUACCAUGAUGUGAUCAGGGUGAAUGAGAUACAGAAAGUACUGGACAUCACUGGCGUCCAGACCUAUGUAAUCAACAGUGCUAGAGUCGUGUUCUUGAACGAAAGGCCUCAGCCAAGGCCAGGCAAAGGUGUCACCAACACUUGUGAUGUCUGUGAGCGCAGCCUCCUCGACUCCUUCCGCUUCUGCUCCCUCGGUUGCAAGGUAUGCAGAACUUAUCACGCAAUUGCUCUCGCCUGAACAAUAACUUCAACCUGAGAAUGGGCAAAUGAUGAUCAUUUUCGGUUAAUGUUGGUCGGUUUGUAUUAUUUGUUCCUAGAUUGUUGGGACAUCAGGGAACUUCCAGAAGAUCAGGAAGCAGCAGCGAUUAACUGCAAUGGGAUCGGACUCGGAGGACUCCUACCACAGCACCAGCAGCCAUAGCCAUGGGGCGAGGCAUUUUAAGAGCAAGUACAGCAAUAUCAUCGACAGAAUCGAGAGCUUUUCUCCAUCAACACCACCACCAACUUCGACAAGUUUCAGGACAGCAAAGCGCAGGAAGGGGAUACCUCACCGAGCCCCCAUGGGAGGGCUCAUCAUAGAGUACUGAAGCAAAAAAAUGGUAAAAGAUUUUAAUUAACAAACUUCUCAAACCGAAGAAUGGAUGGUGCUUGUUAUACAGAACAAACACAGAUCUAGAGAGUAGUGUAUUGUAAUUUGCUUCCCUUUGGUUUCUUUUUGGUGUCAACAUAGUAGCCCUUUCUCAUCAACUUGGUGGGGAAAGGGGCAUAAUGUGUGUAUACAGAAGCAGUAGGGCAAACCACAAGUGGAGAUGAUGAAGUUUGUGAAGAAAAUAUAUGAAUGCAUAUUAUAGAUGAAAAAGGAAGGGGAAAGGUAGUAGAAGUAGAAGUAGUUUGUUUGUAGUGUAUGGAGUAGAAGACUAUGUUUGGAUAUAGCUACAAAAUAAUGGGUUAAGGUACCAAAAAGCAGAAGCAUAGCAUCUUUCCACUUGUUUGUUCAUAACAAGAAAGUGUAAAUAUACUAUAUAGCUAGAGAGCAUCUUUCCACUUGUGUUCCAGUUGCGUAGAAUGUGAUAAAAGGGAUGUAUAAUGGUGUCCAAUUCCAAGUGGAGCAAGGAGUGGUUUGUGAUCAUGUAUAAAUGUAAUAAUGUGUAUAUAUAUUUGGGAAAGGAGAACCCAGAAAGUAAUAAAGGUGGAGCUUGGUAUUCCUUGGAAGAUUCGGGUUUCUCCCUCUUUUCUCCCUCCAAAAAAUGGGCUGCGCUGGGAAGUGGUAACUCAUCAAGGGAAAUCCAUAAUUUUUGUAGCUAUAUUGGAUUGGUACUGGAAAUCUAUUCUAUCGAAUGAAUGGAAAAAAAAUGAAACGACUAAACAAUAAUAUGAAUAUAAAAGUUUUGAACUAAUAAAGUACGUAUGCGUACAUAUAAACGAAGUAUUUAAGCCUAAGCUGAUAGCCCACUCCAUUUUAACAUUGCAUAUCAGCUCUAAAUGAAUGAUCACACUUGGCUUGAUAAUAGCCUACAGAAUGAUUUCUCAACUGUAAAAACUAACAAGUCACUAUAUACAAAGCAUCUUUUCCAUAGGGGGGAAAGUUAACCCCUGAAGGGGGCCAGGUGGCGGAAUAAUUGGUCGACAUGGGUCUUCGACACGUGUGAAAUGGGAGGGGCGGUGGUAGUCAGCUGAAGAUGACACGCGGUGGCCGGCAAAGGCAGAAACCGAAGAAAAGAGA